UAGCCGCACCGGCUCGCCUUAAUCGCGCGUUCCCUGUGCCCGAGAUGAACCUGUGGGAGUGAGCUGUCGGCUCACCUUUAGACCUGACCGCGUCGCUUAACGCGGCGGCUUCGCCGGGGGACGGGGACGGGGACGGGGACGACGGGGUGGGUCGAUAUCGAGAAGAGAUCUGGAAGUGGCUUGUCGUCGUCAGACUGGCACAGAUAUGAGCAGCAGUCCGUCGGCCGCCAAGCUGGAGGAGGAGAGAAGGAGAGCCGUGUCCUACCUGUCCUCCUCAGGAUCUGCCCAGGAUGUCAAGUCUGAGAUCCAGACCAUGGCCAACAUCCCCCUGGCCCUCUCGGACAAGUACCUCCACAUCCCUGCAGAAGCCAUGCUGAGAGACAAUGUGGUCAGCCAAAACAGACAGGAGGUCCUGGAAUCGAUGGGUAGACUGGUCAAGGCCUUCAGUAUCCUGGAGAAGUAUGGAUGCAACCUAACCACCCCCACCAGACCUAGAUACUGGCGCAGUGUAAAACACAACAACCCUGUCUUCAGGGCCACUGUGGAUGCCAUAAAGGGUGGGCGCGGAGUGCUGUAUCUUUAUGGCUACAGUAAUCAGCAGUUUGACGGCCUCAGUUUCCCAGAUGACAUCACUGACCCAGAUGUUGAGAAAGUUGCUGCAGUGACCCUAGAGGUCAUGACCUUGCGCACAGAGGUGGACAUGCUCAUCAAGGGUACACAUCCUCACCCUGAAUUCUUCAGAGAUAUCCCAUUGAUCGUCCAACAGGACGAGCUGGUGAGUGACGCUGUUGUGAUACCACUGGCACCAGGGGAGGAACCUGUAGAUACAGGGACAAAGCCCCAUUCCCCGCCCUCCCCAAGUAAGCCUGCUCAAAUUCCCGGGCCUGGGCUUCCCUCCAAACCACCCACCUCCACUACAGUCAGCAAGUGUAACCUGUGUGGCGGUGUGUCCUCACUGAUUUGUCCAUCUUGUGGUCAUCUUCCUUUCUGUGAACCAUGUGAUGGACUCUUCCACCUCCACCUCUCCAGAGCCAAUCACAAGAGAGAGAGAAUACAGAAAACCAAACAGGAAAUCUGCUCCAUCUGUGGUAUAGCCUCGGUGCAAGUCCAGUGCUCUAGCUGUGUUCAGAGACUGUGUCUGAACUGUGACCGGCUGUACCACUCUCACCCUGACCGCAGGGGCCACAACAGAAGUGCCCUUAGACCAGACAAACCAUCCAGUCCGUCUCUUUUGCCAUGGCAGUGUGGUCACUGCACAACAGUGAAUGAAGUUCGGGCUGUGCUCUGCGUGACCUGUGAACGACCUCGCCUCGCCACGGUGGCUGCCCUGAGCACACAGGAAGAUCCAACAUCAAUUCCGUCGUCCCCUAACACAGAGUGGCGCUGUAAGAGCUGUACAGUUGUGAACCAAGGUAGCAGUGUCCUGUGUGCGGUGUGUGAGCGCCCCCGCCUGGCCACCCGCCCCCCUCUCAUCCCGGCCCCAUCCAACACAGCAUCACUGGCAGACGCUUCAUCAGAGUGGACGUGUCAGGUCUGCACCUACGUGAACACCAAGCCAGCAGCGGUGUGUGAGAUGUGCAACUCCCCAUGUAAAGACCUCGCUGCGGCCUCCACUCCCCACUCUCUCCUCCUGGCGCCGUCUCUCAUCAAGGAGCCCCUGCAGGCCACCGUGAAGCCUCAGCCCAAACCCAGGGUCAGCCUGCACCAAAAGAGGCAGAAGAUAAUGAGGGAGGAUGGGCUGAACCUAGUUCACCAAAUCAGAGAAGCAGAGAAGCAGGGAGUCAGCCCAGAGGAAGUGUACGCCGCCCUCUGUGUUUGCGGCGGCAGUAACAUCAACCCAUGUGAUUGGCUGACAUCUGAGCUGCCUCAUCUGCUGGACGAGAUCUGCGCCAUGGCAGCCUCAGUCCAGCUGAACUACAUUGCAAGGGAUUCUGGGUCGCAGGUCAGCAUGGAAAGAGAUGGAGGGACGUCAGGCCAGCAUAGUGUUAACAUGGCUGGUGAAGGUGUCCAGCUGUCCAGAGCUGAGGCCAAGCAGGCAUGGCUGGCAGCAGGUGGCGACACUGAGAGAGCAGUGAAGCAGCUCCUUAGAGACCGACAAAUCAAGCUGAGGGAGCUGCGGUCCCUGGGCUUCCGGGAAGUGUCCCAGUGUGAGGAGGCCCUGCGGCAGAGCGGAGGAGAGAUGAAAGGAGCGCUGUCUUUGCUGCAGCGCCCCCUUCUGGAGCCCUUCCACCAGCGCAUCUGGAGCGAGCAGCCCGAGGCACCUUUUGAUCUUACCAACCCUGACAAACAGAGAAUGUGCAGGCGUCUGCUGGCACUGUACGAUCUGCCCAGCUGGGGGCGUUGUGAGCUGGCCCUGUCUUUACUCCAGGAGCCAGACAUCUCCUACUCCUUGGAGGAUGUGGUGCAGGCGGUCAAGGAGUCCCACAACAGAGACUUGAUCAAGCGCCUCCUCAACAAUGAGUGCCCCUGCUGCCUGGGCAUCUUCCCUUGCAGCAAGAUGCAGUCGCUGACCUCGUGCCAGUGCUCCGUGUGCCAUGAGUGUUUCGGGCAGCACUUCACUGUUGCUGUGAGAGACAAGCACAUCCGGGACAUGGUGUGUCCUGUCUGCUCCGGCCCAGACAUCAACGACCCCGAGCAGCUGGACAGCUACUUCUCUACCCUGGAUAUACAGCUGCGGGACUGUCUGGAGCUGGAUGUGUACGAACUCUUCCACAAGAAGCUGACGGAGCAUGCCCUGAUGAAGGACCCAAAGUUCCUCUGGUGCUGUCAUUGCACCUCUGGGUUUAUCAACGAUGGAGACCAGCUGAAAGUCACCUGUCCAUCUUGCCAUAAAAGCUUUUGUGCUCAGUGCAAGAAACCCUGGGAGGUCCAGCACCAGGAUCUGUCUUGUGAGAAGUUCCAGCAGUGGAAGAGAGAGAAUGACCCGGAGUGUCAGAGACAAGGCCUGGCUGGUUAUCUCAGAGACAACGGAAUCACCUGUCCUCACUGCAGGUUCCAGUACGCUCUGACCAAAGGCGGAUGCAUGCACUUCACCUGCUCCCAGUGUCGCUACCAGUUCUGCAGUGGCUGCAACAACCCUUUCCACACAACGGCUUGUAAGACAGCUCGGUGCAAGAUCACAGGUCUACAUGCUCAUCAUCCCCGCGACUGUCUCUUCUAUCUCAGGGAUUGGGAGCCACCCAGACUACAGGCCCUACUGCAGAGGAACGGCGUGGAGUUCAACAUAGAUCCUCCAAACGGCACGCAGAACGAUGCCUGCGGGGUCAUGGAGCAGAAGGAUGAAGGUGGUCAGCAGAAUGACUCCCCCUGCGGGAUCCAGACCCAGCCGGGCCAAGCCGGACUCUGCGAGAAGCACUACAAGGAGUACCUGGUCAGUCUCAUUAAUGGACACUCCCUGGACCCGGCCCCGCUGUACACUAUCGUAGAGCUUACCGUGGCCUGUGAGAGAUACCAGGUGGAGAGCCCGCGAGCGGAGAACGAGGAUGACAACACCUACCACACUCGACUACUGAAGAAAUUGAUGGACGUUCAGCUCGGAGAGAAGGUUCCCCGAAACAAGUGAAGACGGCUUCUCAACUGAUCUGAGCGACAAACUCUCGUCAUUAAGUCCCCCCCUGAUUUUUUGGACUCGACUUCGAUCAAUGUUUAAAACCGGAAUUAUCCCUGUUUAAUCACUGUUUAUUGAAGGUAUUCAUCUGUUUAUUAUGAACUAUGCCUUACCUAUUUGGCAUUUUGGUGUCUGCUGCUCUCUCUGCUCUUCUCUCCGUUAAUUGACAGUUACAGAUCAGCCUCCUUUGCUGUGUUUUUGGGGUGGGGGGGGGUCAAUAAACUGAACCUUGGUAAAGACGCCAGCCUGGUCUACGUGUGUUGUUACGCUGCUUUUCCUCCAGCCUGUCACUCAAACGACCAACGUUUGCUUUGUAGAGCGCGUGUCAUUCCUGAUAACGCAGCGCUCUGCAAGCGCACGAGUUAAAACGAAAGCGUGUGUGCGUGCGCGCGCGCGCGUGUGGGGUGUCACUUUUGCCUUAGUUGGAUCACGCUCGUGGUCACGUAGGAUCCAGAGCGAGGGUUACUGCGGCUAAUUAUAGCCGGCGAAGCGCCGUGACCCGCUCUCGGUCCGCUGUCGCUGAUAAAACGGGUGUUUCCACAGCAGUUAUAACGGCUUAUGAAGGUUCAGCCCGCCUCAGCGAAUACACGCCUCAUCCGGGGGAGCGUCUCUUCUCGCGCGGCCCGACUGGGAACCAAUCACAACACACCGACCCGGCGACCCCGUGGCCAAGGCUGCGUCUAAGCGCCACUUCCGUGCUCACUAGGCGGUACCGGCCCGUUUACCAGGGCCGCUGCCUCGCCAGGCCAGGACCCCUCCCUCC